AUGACAAAAAUUUUGAGUUUUAGUUAUCUAUUAGAAAAAUCAUCGAAUGUUGGAACUACACUUUUAGCAAAGGAUAUUGUAUCAACUUCAGCACUUAGAUUAACACAAAGAAGAGGCUCUACAGAACUAAAUAGAGGUAUUUCAAUUAGAAGAAAUUCAAUAUGUGGUCCAUGUGAUUCAACACCAAAUUUAACCAACUUAUGUACAGCCACAAAAUAUGGACAAUAUCAUACCGCCUCUAAUCAACAUAUUUUUCACGAGAGUGACAUCCCAACCAUUUUGGAAAAUGGAAAAGCAAUUCUGGAAAGUACCGAUGAUUCUCUCAAUCCAAUAAAGAGAAGAUCAUCUUUCUCUGAUCACAUGGUAAAUCCAACCGGUAGAAGAUAUUCUAUGGAAAUGGGUAUUAACCAACUAAAUAAUCAUUUUUCAGAGAUUUCAAAGGUUAAAGAUAUAUUUCAUUUGGAUAAUGAAUUCAAAAAUGUAUACUUGCCUAAUAAAAUAAGAUCUCAAAAAUCAGUUGUUCAACUUGAUGCAGAAAGAACAUUUGAAGCUGUUUGGGCACAACUUUCAACAAAGUACGGUGUGGAGAAUCUAGAUUUCCCAAAAGAAGUAACAUUCUUAUUGGGGGGACCAGGUGCAGGCAAAGGAACCAACACCAAAAUUCUCCAAGAAUCACUGAAUGUAACAUCGGAACCGAUUGUUGUCAGCUCAUUGCUCAACUCACCAGAGUGUGCAGAGAUCAAGAAACAAGGAGGUCUUGUCAACGAUAAGACAGUGUUGGAACUACUCUUGACGAAACUGGGCAAACCCGACUUUUUGGGUGGCAGCAAGAAGCCACAGAGCGUGAUCAUCGAUGGAUUCCCAAGAAACGAAAAACAAGUAAAGUUUGUCGAGUUGCUCUACGAGAAGUUGGCAUCGCUCCGUCAACGUGUCAAUCCACACGCCACACUCCCAAAGUUUAGAAUGACAGUGCUACACGUCUCCGAGGCAGAGUCUGUCGCUCGUCAACUCUAUCGUGGUGCUAAAACCAUGGAGGAAAACGCCGUGCGUAGAUCAAAGCAACUACCGGAGCUCGAAGUAAGAGACACCGAUGUCGACCCUGCCGCAUGCAAGAAGAGAUACGAUAUCUACAUGUCGCAAUACAAUCAAAUCAAAUCAUUAUCUGACCGCUUCCAAUACGAUGAAAUCGAUGCAAACGGUAAUCUUUCAGAGAAUCGUUUCUUUAUACAUCGUAAUUUUCAUUUGAAAGGAUGGCAAUGGGCACACUUGACUAUACAUAGAUUGUUUGAUAUGAUAGAUAAUAAGCUGACGUCCUGGAAACCAAAUCCACAUGAUGUUAGAAAAGUGAUUAAAGCAAUUAGAAUGGUAUCAGAUUAUUUAGACAGUCAUCAUAAACAAGAAGACCAGGAAGUUUGGCCAUUCCUCAUUUCACACAAUCCAGAAGUAAAAGAACAUUUAGAUUUUCUGGAUACACAACACGCCAAAUGGCAUCAGCUAAGCGACGAGAUGAAUGAAAUCAUGACUAAAUUAGAAACAAUCAAGAUUUGUACAUUGGAACAACGAUCACAACUGACGGCCAAAUUUAAAGAGGCCAAAGAACAUCUGUAUACUCAUUUAGCCGACGAAGAGCGUUUACUCUUACCAUAUGUAUUAACAAUUUCAAAAGAAGAACAAGAUAGAUUAAGUAAUAUUAUUUUUAACAUGGCAAGAAGUGAAUCAAAUUACCGGUUUGGUUUAUGCGCAAUGUAUGAUACAUCGGUUCACAACAACGAAAUGAAAUCAUUCCAAAAAGAAGUUCCAACACUUGAGGCUGCUCGAACGCAUAUGAAAAUAUGUGCACCGAAAGUCACUCAGUACUAUUCGUUUGUAGAUGACUAUGAAAGACUGUACAAACCCAAACUGCCGCCAGUUUCUCCUGUUUUAUCACAAGAAUUUCAUCUUGAACUUCCUUAUCAUCAAGAUAAACAACAACAGCAUUCACAUCAAUCACACCAAUCACCAUCACAAUUCAUACAACAAUCACCACAAUUAUCACAUCAAUCACAACAAUCACCAUCACAAUUCAUACAAUCACCGCAACAACCAAGGCAAUCACAACAAGAAUAUCACCAACAACAACAACAACAACAUUAUAGUCAACAACAACAAUAUAGUCAACAACAAUAUAGUCAACAGCAAUAUAGUCAGCAACAAAGACAAUCCAUUUAUGAAGCUUCUUUUUCACCUAUAAACUCACCGACAACAACAACAACUACGACUACUACAAGUUUAACAAAUUCACAACCGCAAUCACAAACACAACCUCAUCACAAUAUAAACAAUAUAAAUAAUAUUUCACAGGUAAAUGGUCAUAUUCCAAUUCAAUUACAGCAAGAGAAACUACAACAACCACCAACACCAACACCAACACCAACACCAACACCAACACCAACACCAACACCAACACCAACACCAACACCAACACCAACCUCAUCUUUAAAAACAACCGAAAGUAAAUUUUCACCAAAUAAAAACCCAUCAGAUCUCAAUAACACAUCUGCAAUCCCUAUUGACUCAACUGACCCUUCACCUAAAAGACCAAAAAGAGUAGCAGCAGACGAUGCAUUAAAGAAAAUCAGUACUUUAAUUAAUGUAAAGAAAGAACCAGAGACUACUCAUAUCGAUAACAUUGUCAUUAAUCUAGAUGAUGAUGAAGAAGUAUUUUUAAAUACCAACAACAACAACAACAAUAAUAAUAAUCAUGAUAACAAUGUUGUAAACAACUUGGUUAAUUCACCAAAUGAAGUACCCGACAACACUCCACCAAUCGCGACAUCAUCGAUGCAGUUUAUACCAACCACUGAAUCUCAGCAUGAUACCAUGAUGAAUGACAAUGACUAUGACUUUGGAGGUGGUUUUGGCACACCGGAAAGCAGUGAACCAGAAACGUUAGAGAUAGAGGAAGACAAUGUUGUGAUUCCACCAAAGCCAAAAACCUAUGCCAGGAAAUCAGUGAUUGCUCCCAAAGCACCUGGAACACCAAAACCAACAGCAGUUCCAGAAGCCGUACCCUCACCAACUUCUUCACUCCUCAGACCCUCGCAAUUCGACUCUGUUACCCAACCUACCAGUCUUUCUCAUGUCGCCUCACAUAAGAAUAAGCUGGAGCAAAACAAUAUCGACACACCUCUCAAGAGGCCUAGAAUUUCCACACCAUUUGGACCCAGUCGUAAUGUGGAUUUUGCAAUUAAAAUCAAGCCGGCAGCAUUGAACCCUAUGAACACUUCAAUAGUAGUCUACCAGCAAGAAGGAGGAGUUGACUGCUACCCAAUAACAACAGCAGAUCUGUUAGAAGAUAUGAGCGAAUUUCAGGCAAAAGUAACAGAGAUCAUCGACAAACUGAAAGAACAAGAAUUCUCCAAUGCAUUUAUCAACCUAAGGAAAUCCGACUACUUUUCCAACAAUGCACAGGAAUAUAGGUACUACUACAAAGAGAUUACGGCACCAAUGACACUGUCGAUGAUAAAAAACAAACUUCUAAUGAACCUCUACAAUGACUCUGUCAGAGAGAUUUCUGCCGAUUUUCUGAGGCUAAUAGAUAAUGAAGCUAAAUUCAAGAAAAGACCAGAUAUCAUUAAGAAAAGUCCUGAUACUACAAAAGAAGCAAUUGAAUUAAAUGUAAUUAUAAAUACUUUAUAA